AAAAAGAAACGUGGACUUACCUGUACGCCAACUUCUGCCAACCCGCUCCUCUUAUCACCUGCUCCGACUUGAAAGUCCAGUUCCACCAGGCACCACGCCGGGGAGAGGAGGUGAAAUAUGUCACAGGAGACAGACAAUAAGCGUCUGGUGGUGGUGGUCCCCAACGAGAGCUCCUUCCCAGCCGUACGGCGGGCCUACACCAGCGAGGAUGAGGCUUGGCGCUCCUACCUGGAGAACCCGCUGACAGCCGCCACCAAGGCCAUGAUGAGCAUCAACGGUGACGAGGACAGCGCCAACGCCCUGGGCCUCCUCUACGACUACUACAAGGUUCCUAAAGAAAAGAGACUCCUGACCGCUCCCAAAGUUGCGGAAAUAACAGAAGAGCAGGAGAAAAGGUUGCCUAGUCACCCCAACGGGGUCGAAGCUGAGACGUUGGACAACCGUGUCCAGGUUCUUAAGUCGGUCCCCGUCAACCUGUCGCUCAACACGGAAGACCCCGGUGGCCCCGGAGCUGGCGGGGCGCCCUCCGUGGCCCUGGUGAAGGCCGAGUCCUACGCGCCUGUCUUCAUGACGACGGGCGCCGGGCUCCACUAUCGCGUGGACGGCGAGGAGGCAUCUCGGGUGGUCUACGAGCAGAGCCCCUACGAGGUGACCACAGUCAGCCACAAUUCCUACGUGAAGGAGGACCAGCAGAGCCCGCCGGACAGCCCCUUUGACGAGGAAGGGGACACGAAGUACCACACGCCUUCCUCGCUGGCGUCAGAUGACUUUUUGUUCCACCAGGUCGGAACCGAGAGCUUCCAGUACACCCUGGAUGCCACUCGCUCGCUCCGUCAGAAACAGGGCGAGGGCCCCAUGACUUACCUAAACAAGGGCCAGUUCUACGCCGUCACCCUCAACGAGCUCAGCGCUAACAAACGCCUACGACACCCCAUCAGCAAAGUGCGGAGUGUGAUCAUGGUGGUGUUUAGCGAGGACAAAAACAGAGACGAGCAGCUGAAAUACUGGAAGUAUUGGCACUCCCGGCAGCACACGGCCAAGCAGAGAGUCCUGGACAUCGCUGACUACAAGGAAAGCUUCAACACCAUCGGCAACAUCGAAGAAAUCGCCUACAAUGCCAUCUCCUUCACGUGGGACGUCAACGAAGAGGCCAAGAUCUUCAUCACGGUCAACUGCCUGAGUACGGACUUUUCGUCGCAGAAGGGCGUCAAGGGUUUGCCUCUGAUGAUCCAGAUGGACACGUACAGCUACAAUAAUCGCAGCAACAAACCUCUGCACAGGGCCUACUCGCAGAUCAAGGUCUUCUGUGACAAGGGAGCAGAACGUAAGAUAAGAGAUGAAGAGAGAAAGCUGUUCCGCAAGAAGUCCAAAGGUAAAGAUGGAGGCGCGGGUGUUAUAACGGCACCCAAGAAAUCGGAUACCACAUAUUUCAAGACCAUGACCGACCUGGAAGCACAACCUGUCCUCUUCAUCCCUGACGUCCAUUUUGGAAACCUGCAGAGGGCCGGACAGGUGUUCACCUUCAACACAGAGGAAAUGGAGCGAGAAGGGAGCGUGCUGGUCAAGAGGAUGUUCCGGCCGGCCGAGGACGACUUGUGUCCGUCGCCGCAGAAACAGAUCAAGGAGGAGGUGAACAAGAGAGUUCUGCUGUAUGUCCGCAAGGAGACAGAUGAGGUGUUCGACGCGCUCAUGCUAAAGUCGCCGACGCUGCGAGGCCUCAUGGACGCGAUAUCUGAGAAGUACAACUUGACCACGGAGAAGAUCACCAAGGUCUACAAGAAAAGCAAAAAAGGCAUCCUGGUGAACAUGGACGACAACAUCAUCGAGCACUAUUCCAACGAAGACACGUUCAUCCUGCACAUGGAAACCUACGCUGACACCUACAAGGUCACGCUGACUGAAAUAUGAGCACACCCAAAAAAAAGUUUUAAGACUGUGGGCUACUCUUGCACGGAGUAAUCGUCGCUGGUCCUUAAAGGCAGAAAUAAUGGAGUCCAUAUUGGUGGAUCCACUGUACAAAGUGUCUUGUCAUUGUGUACAUAGACUUGAUUUGUAUUGACGAAUCCCCCACCCAUUGUGUAAACAUGUAGUCUUUAUUAGUUCUUCGUUUGCAGCUUCUAUGCAUGCCAGCCUUGAUUUGUUUUUAUUGUUGUUGUUUUUUGGUAGUUGUUAUUUAUUUUUCUUAUAUGUAUCUGUGUAUCCAUCAAUUUCAAGUACUUCACAUUUCAGCAAUUUUGCAACAAGUCGCCCUUUGACAAGAGCCGUCACGUGACUUUUAUAAAUAUGAAAAUGUUAUUAUUCACGUUAACAUUGUUAAAAAAAAGUGAAUAAAUACACGUGCCAUGGAAAUAUA